AUGUUUCGGAACCCCUGGAUCACUAACUACCUGAAUCAUGUCUCACACUGUGGACAAGGCUUUGGACAUGAGACCCCAGUUAAAGUCUGCAGUCCCUCUCUGCUACGUAAAGGAGUGCUAAGCUUUCAGAAAGACCUUUCAGCUGAUGUUAAGACUGCACUGGUCAAGAGUACCACAGAUAUUGAUGCCAAACUCCUAGCUGUCUUGCCAAAAGUUUCAGAAUUAAAGAGACAUUUUGAAAGCGGCAGCAAUAGUGAUCCGAAAAUGAACAGGAAAGAACGAAUGGCCAGACGUCUGGAGGGGAUUGAGGCAGAUACCUCGCCCAGUCUUGCUCGCAGCAUGCAACACACCCCCGGCCAGGUCGCCAAUCGGCUGUUGGAGGAGGACACCCCACGCUACACCCGUGCAUCUGACACUUGUGACCCAGGCAUUGUGGUGAGGCGCUACAGUCGUGAUGAACUUGAAACUCCAGAGAGGCAGUCCAGAGCUCGAAUACGCCCAGAUCCACAGCCCCCAGCCCCCUCUGGCCCCACCCCUGGUACCACCCUUGCUACCACCCCCAGUACCACCCCUGACCCAUCACUUUCUGAUCCAAACAGCUUAAGUUCAAAAGCUGAGCGCAUCGCUCGCUACAAAGCUGAGCGACGUCGGCAGUUGUCAGAACGUUAUGGAAUCCUUCUGGAUCAGGAAAUGGACACAGAAUACAAGCCACGCUACACACGUGCACGCAGAGAGUCUGACUUGUCAGAUAAAGCAGCUCUACCUGAAAAGGUGCGGACUGAGAGAAAGGAGGCGUGGCGUGAAGAGGAAGGGCGGGACUACAGCAGCCGAUCGAAGUACAGCAGCUCAGGGGUUGGACGAGUCCUUCUGCAAACAAAUCCAGACCCCACCCCUGAUCCUGCCCCUGCUCCAAAACGUGAGCGAGGGAGUGUUGAUUCAGAGCGAGAAAGAGAGCGGGCGUUGAACAUGGAGAACAUCCGACGAGCGCCAGAUCGUAGUCCUCGAUCACGUGCACAGGAAGCCCCCGUACCCAUGGAGACAACACCUGCACAGCCAGCCAAGGCUGUCGCCAUGGUGACUGUGCCCAGUUCUCCCCGGACAGCUCGUCGGGCUUCGCUGCCCUCAACCCGACAUGGCAUCUCCCCUGGUGACCUGUUCAUUGAACAGCAGGCGCAAAACAUCCUCAGCCGACAGGGAAUCAGAGUGAGAGAAAGACAGGCAAGAGAGGAGAGCCUGGGAAGGGUUUCAGAUUCUGGCUCUGAUGUGCCUCCGAUCAGACGUCAUCCAACUGUUACCCCUCCUUACUUGGCUUCCCGUUCUGAACCCAUAAACCAGCAACGCACUCGGAGUGCAGAACCCCCAGUGCACCAAUACACUCCCAACACAGAGCCCAAAAAUUACCAACGCACGCAAAGUGCUGAAUGCCUCCCCCAGCCACAUACACAAAUCAUGGAGUCACAAACCAAUCAACAAAAACCAUUUAGCGAGUCUCCAAACUACCAACGCACACCAAGUGCUGAACUUCCAAACUAUGGUCGAGAUGCGCACCCCAGCACUGCAGGCAUGCAUUUGGGAUAUGGACAUGUCCCGCAACACUCACCUCAAUUCAGAGGUGAUACCCAACUGCCCCCUUAUGCAAUUGUCCAGCAACCCACAGUACACAGAGAUGUCCAGCAUCCCACAACUAGACACAGGGAUGCUCAGCAACCAUUGUUGGGGGAGAGAGAUCUUUAUCAACCAACAAAUACAUCUGUCCAGGAACCCAUAACCGACCAUAGACGUGCCUCAUAUAAUCCCCCAAACUAUGGACAAGCCCAGCAGUCCGCCCCAGGUUAUGAACAAAGCUACCUUCAUGCUCAUGGUCCUGCCCAAAUGCAAAGUCCUGCCUAUGGACAAGCUGCACUCCCUGGCCCUGCAUAUAGACCUAGCCAUCCGCCAGCACCUUUGUAUGGGCAUGCCUCACACUCUGCCCCUGGUCCUCCUGUAAGUCAUGCCCCCAGUGAACCUCCAGACCCUCAUGGUUACAUGGCCAUACCAGAGGGCAGUCAGGCUAGACAACCAACCAGUUCUGAGCAUGUACCGACAGUACAGCGAGAAGGCCGACCUACCUCCAGGACUGAGCUCCAUACACAGGGUCUACUCAGAAGCCGAAAGGCUGUGCUGCCCUCUGAAAUUCGACGCAGGGAAAAAAGUGUAGAUGACCCUUUACGGGGAGUGGCAGAGGAGAAUUUGGAGAGCAGAGGAGGCAGAAGGACAAGUAAGUUAGAGGAGGCAGUGGGGCGUAGCCGCAGAAGCAUUAGCCAGUUAGAGGAAGGAGAAAGGAGAGGCAGAAGGAAAAUAAGCCAGCUGGAGGAGGGAGAUGAUAAAAGGCUUCACCAAUCAGAUGACAAAGAGGGGCAGGGCAACAUAAGGAUCAGCCAACUGGAUGGGGAGGAGCAUAUCAGAAAGAUUGAACAGCCAGAUGAGAGAGAGGGAUUGAUUGAUACACGGGUCAGCCAGUUAGAGGGGUCAGAAGGCCAAAAUGAUAUGAGGUUUAACCAGUUAGAGAAGAUGGAAUGGCACAGUGGCAGAAGGAUCAGCCCAACAAGAGAAAGGGAAGGGAGAAAUAGGGUCAGCCAGUUGGAAGAGGCAGAAGGGUAUGGUAGACGGAGAAGGAUCAGUCAGUCGGAAAAUGAGGAAGGGCACGUUAGACGGAGAAGAAUAAGUCAUUCAGAGGAUGAUCGGGAUGGACGCAGAGUGCGCAAGAUCAUGCAAUCAGACGAGUGGGAGGGAAGAGGAGUGCAUCGGGUUGCUCAAUCAAAGGAUCAGUUUGAGGGGCUGGAUGAAGGAGAUGGCCCAAUGAACCAAAGAGUCUCCAACAAAAUGGACACCACACCUUCCCAGCAGUCAACCACCGAGCCUCUUUCACACCAGAGAAAGAAUGAGGUGGAAACAUACCUGCAGACGGGCUCGGCCCUCCCACAGGCUCGGCACAGAGGGAGUGGAGAUGGAGGCGGGCUCAAACCAAAGAUUCGCAUACGUUCCAUGUCGGAUAUUGGAGUGUCUCAGCGGUCCGCUGCACUGCGUAGUCUGGAGCGGGCCGCCAGCCGUGAGGCUGCAUUGAUGAUGGUGGAGGGAGUUGCCGCCAGAGACUCUGGGGGUGUUGGCAAUGGAGAGAUAGGUACCUUGGAUACAAGGAUUUCCGUGGCAAAACUCAGGCAUUCUUACUUGGAGAAUGCUUCUGGCCGUAGGACAGAACUGGAGUCUAAGGUAGACCCAAAUGCCAUGGAGACUGAGCAGCCUGUGAGCUCUGACUGGGAACGCGGAUCACGUCGGCCCAGACGAUACAUCACUCCGGGAGAUGACAGGAAGUCAUCAGAGAGGUUUAGGACACAGCCUAUCACAUCAGCCGAAAGACUUGAGUCUGAUAGGUCACGGCUUAGUCCAUCUAAAUUGCAAGGCAGUGAGGCUGAUGAAGAGAAAAUGGAUGAGAGAGCCAAGAUGAGUGUCGCUGCCAAGAGAUCACUCUUCAGGGAGUUGGAGAGAAGUUCAGAAGGGGUCAUUCCCAAACCCCGCUCACGUAAUGCAGCGGUGGAACGGCGGCUCAGACGCUGUCAAGACCGCUCGCACACUCAGCCUGUCACUUCAGUGGAAGUGGUCAUUGCUUCCACUACCCCUGCCCCGUCCUCCCAAAUCACCAUGGUUCAAACUACAGCACCCAGAAUCCCCAGUCCCACAGUAGUCAGCACCACAAUGACUACCUUCAGCCUGCAGGCAUCCUCUGCUCGAGAGCAAGGCAAGGAAUCUCCGGCUAAGGAGGCAGCACAUGGAGAGGAGAAUGAGGGGCCAGAGGAACCAGACUUGUCCACUCUGAGUCUUACAGAGAAAAUGGCUCUGUUCAACCGCCUUUCCCAAGCCAGUGAGGGCACACGGCCAGAGAAACACCCUCGUAGGUCUAAUGCUCGUUUUAAGACCCAGCCCAUUACCCAAGGAGAAGUGGACAAGGUAAAGGAACCAGAGUUAGAUCUCUCAGAUCUCCCUGAUCCUGACCCUGUGACUAAUGGCUCAUUAGACCCUUCUCAGGGAGAAGAAGUGCGGUUUAAAUUGGAGCCUCUCUCAGCCUCACUGGUCCGGUCAGUUGCCGCUGUCACCAACCAAGCCUCUGUUGCUACGGUGACUGGUGCUUCGCCAGAAAUGUCCAGAGAUGCCCACUUGGGAAUGUCCACAGCAGUACCAUACAGCCCAACUGCUGUGUCCCCACCCAGUCAUGUUUCACCAAGCCAGCCAACAGCUACUCAGCUCCCAGCCUGUGAGAAGGGAGUUCGGUACUUCAGCCUUACAGACAGCAGAGAAAGCACUGCUCCUGAAAUAUACUCACCACCUCCCUUAGAGACUUCUAGCCAGUCAGCUGUUAGCAAGGGCAGGGCGAGCCAAACAAUAGCCAAUGGACAAAGACUGGAGGAGGAGCAAAGGGGAGAAACGGAAAGAGAGAGAGAACAGCAGAGAGUAAGAGAGAGGGAAAGAGACCAGGAUAAAGAGAACACACUCGUCACACAAGGAGGUUACUCGACACAAGACGCUCUACAAACAGAGAGAAGGAGCUGUCUUUCUGCAGAUGUUCCUGACCCUAGUGUUUCAGUGAGAACUGUCAACACUGCUGCAGUUUCAGCUAGAAGCGCUUCUCAUACCUCAUACACGUCACAAAGUUCACACGCAGUACCUUACCUGCAGCAAACGCAACCAUACAUACAAGCAUCUCCCCAAACACACCCAAAACCGCCUUUACAGCCACAAGCUCAACUCUACAGUCGAGCACCACUGCCAGCGCACCCACGACCCCAAACGCAGUCCAACACUGAGCCACAACUGCAUGCUCAGACUUACGCCGACCCACACGCACAGCAACAAAUUCCAAUUCAACCUUACUCAGAACCACAACAACCUCUCCCUCCUAAAAUACCGCCACAAACCCAACCAAAGCCACAGUCUUAUAUACCACCUCAGCAAUAUCCGCCGCAACCAAAGAUCCCACCGCAAACGCAGCCCAAACCACAGUGUUUUAUACCGCCACAACCGCAGACCCAGCCAGGGCCCUACGGUCGACCGCAGCCCACCGAGGAUACCCCUGGCCUGGGCAGAUACGCUCCUUCUCAGCCCCUGUCCUCCAGAGACAUCCAGCCAGAGCUGCCUGAAGACCCAGAGGCCAUGACGUCUAUGUCGAUUAAAGAACGGUUGGCAAUGUUGAAGAAGAGUGGAGAGGAAGAUUGGAAAAAUAGGAUUAACAAGAAACAGGAAGUUGUGCAAGAGGUUGUUUCAGCAAGUGAGAAAAGCAGUCAAAUAUGGGAGGAGCAGAGCUACAAAAAGAAGGAACCUGUUUUUGCUUCCACUUAUUCUCCUCCUCCUAUGUCUAUUGGUCAAAAGUGCCAAUUCAUGGAAGAGCAAGACCAGAAGUUGAGAGAAGAAGGUGAGGGACAGAUGUCAAUUGAAGAGAGGAAACAGAUGAUCUCGACUCGUGAGGAGGCGUGGCAAAGCAUGGGAAAGGGCGUGUCCAACGACUCCAGCCAGUACACCGUCGCUGCCCGCAUGGUUAAGAAAGGUUUAGCUGCCUCAUCAGCUGCUCUAAACCCAAUUCUGUCUCCAAUCUCUACCAAACUGAAGAGCAAUGUACCAGCUGUCAACAAACCACCAGAGGAAAUUGAGGUCAGACCAGAAAUGGAGUCUGAUAAGAAGCUGGAUAAUCUUGAAACAUUUUUGGGACGUUUGAACAGCAAAGUAUCAGGGCUACAGGAGGCCACUCUCACUGUGACUGAGAAAGCAGUUAAAGAAGUAAUGCGAUUCGAUGAUGAGAUCUUCUCAAAGUUCUAUCGUCAUGUGACAGACUUCCCCCGCAAGACCAGCAGGGUGCAGAUCGAUGCAGACUUUGAUGCCAUCUUCGGAAAGCAAACGCCAAAGCUGACCUCGGCGAUGGUACAGCACAAACGGGCGGUGCGGCCAUCCAGGAAUGUCCAGGCAUCACGGAACCCUCUGAAGAUCCUGGCAGCCAGGAAGGAUAUUAGACAGGAGUACACGGAGGAGAGACUCAACAUCGGCCAGCUAGAGAGCAAGAGGAUGAAACAGGAAAAGAUGAGUAAGAGUUCCAGUUUGUCAGAUGCAGCUUUGGCUGGUUUGGCGAGUAAAGAAAACUACAGCAGUGUGAGUCUGCGCAGUGUUAGCAUCUCAGAGCAGAUGACCAAUAACAGCGCAGCACCCUACAAAAAACUCAUGCUCAUGCAGGUCAAAGGUCGUCGGCAUGUUCAGACUAGAUUAGUGGAGCCCAGAGUCUCCUCUCUGAAUAGCGGGGAUUGUUUUCUGCUGGUCACACCUGAAAAUUGCUUUGUCUGGACAGGAGAGUUCGCCAACGUUAUUGAAAGAGCCAAGGCAUCAGAACUUGCCACCUUCAUCCACACAAAUCAUGACCUUGGUUGUCGGGCAGUGCAGGUCGAAAACAUUGAGGAAGGGGUCAACUCCCAGGGCCCAGCAGCUGCUGAGUUCUGGAAGAUUCUAGGAGGACCAGCAACCUACCAGCCGGCCGGGCCUCCUGAGGACGAUGAGAUGUUUGAGAACGCCAUCGUAGAGACGAACUGUAUCUUCCGUCUCGUGGAUGACAAACUGCUUCCCGACGAUGAUUACUGGGGCAAGAUACCGCGAAGCUCUUUGCUAGGCUCCAAAGAGGUGUUGGUGUUUGACUUUGGCAGUGAAGUGUAUGUGUGGCAUGGCAAAGAGGUGACGUUGGCACAGAGGAAGGUGGCGUUUCAGCUUGCAAAGCAUCUGUGGAACGGCACCUUUGACUAUACCAACUGCGAUAUCAAUCCUCUUGACCCAGGAGGAUGUAACACUCUCAUCCCAAGGAAAGGUCAAGGCCGUCCAGACUGGGCUAUAUUUGGUAGACUGACAGAACAUAAUGAGACAGUUCUUUUCAAGGAGAAGUUUCUGGACUGGAAAGAAUCAAAGUCACCAAGGAAUGGCAGUGAACCAGUCUUUGAGCAGAAGGAGUCUCAGGUUGUGGAAUCUCGAUCGGGCAGUCGUCCGUACAAUGCGUCUUUGAUGUUGUCGGCUUUACAGACGCCAAUUAGCACAAUACUGGAUGGUCAGGACGUAGGGCGAGGUUAUGGUCCAGUCGAGGGGGGGACUGAGGACUCUCUGCGCACACUUGAAAUCAGCACAGUUUCAGUAGACGUGUGGCAUAUCCUGGAGUUUGAUUACAGUCGUUUGCCCAAGCAGAGUAUAGGCCAGUUCCAUGAGGGAGAUGCUUAUGUGGUCAAGUGGAAGUAUAUGGUUAGCGCAGCAGUGGGGAAAAGGCAGAAGCCAGAGCAGGUUCGAAGUGCAGGUCCUGGCAGGGAGAAGUGUUGUUAUUUCUUCUGGCAGGGCAGGAACUCCACUGUCAGUGAGAAGGGCACAUCAGCACUGAUGACGGUGGAACUUGACGAGGAGAGAGGGGCCCAGAUGCAAGUUCAGCAGGGAAAGGAACCACCCUGUUUCCUGCAGUGUUUUAAUGGAGGGAUGAUUGUGCAUGCUGGAAAGAGAGAGGAAGAAGAAGAUAAUAUUCAGAAUGAGUGGCGAUUGUACUGUGUGAGGGGUGAGGUGCCAGUAGAGGGCCACCUGCUGGAAGUGGCGUGUCACUGCAGCAGUCUCCGUUCCCGUACCUCGAUGAUCCUGCUCAACAUUAACAAAGCCCUCAUAUACCUGUGGCACGGCUGCAAAGCACAGCUACACACGCGCGAUGUGGCGCGCACCGCUGCAGAAAAGAUUAAAGAGCAACGGCCCUUGGAGGCAGGACUUCAUAGCAGCUGUAAUGUGACUAUCCAUGAGUGUGAUGAGGGGGCGGAGCCUGUGGGUUUCUGGGAGGCACUGGGCAGGAAAGACCGCAAGGCUUAUGACUGUAUGCUUCAAGACCCAGGCAAGUUUAAUUUCACUCCACGGCUGUUUCAGCUCAGUAGCUCUUCAGGGGAGUUUGUGGCUACUGAGUUUUUUUACCCGUCCAGAGCCCCUGACCUUGUCAGCUCUCUGCCCUUUCUCCAAGAGGACCUCUACUCUGCCUCCCAGCCAGCUCUGUUCCUGGUAGAUAACUUCCAUGAGGUUUACCUGUGGCAGGGCUGGUGGCCACAGGAGGCUGAAUGCACUGGCUCAGCCCGCAUCCGCUGGGACACAGACCGCAAAUGCGCCAUGGAGACGGUCCUCCAGUACUGCCGGGAGAAGAAUGAGAAGAAGCCUCAGAAAUCCUACCUGAUCCACGCUGGGCUGGAGCCACUCACCUUCACCAACAUGUUUCCCAGCUGGGAACAUAGAGAGGAUAUCGCUGAGAUCACAGAGAGAGUGAGUCUGUUCCUGUGUGUGUGUCUGUGUCUGUCUGAAGCAGAGGUGUGUAACCAGAUAAUACUGGUGGAAGAUGUUUUGGCUCGUCUCUGUCAGAGCACCUAUCCGCUUGAAGUAUUACAGACACGCCCCCUGCCCCAUGGCGUCGACCCGCUACGCCUUGAACUCUACCUAACAGACGAGGACUUUGAGAGAGCACUGGAGAUGAAGAGGGAGGAAUAUGAGGGAUUACCAGGAUGGAAGCAAGUCAACGUGAAGAAAGCCAAAGGACUGUUUUAG